AUGGCAAGUGCUCUCCCGCGCCGCAUCGUCAAGGAAACCCAACGACUGCUAGCAGAGCCUGUGGCUGGAAUCAGCGCCACGCCGUACGAAGACAACCUCCGCUACUUCCAGGUGGUGAUCGCCGGUCCGCAGACGUCGCCUUACGAGAAUGGUAUCUUUAAGCUGGAGCUGUUUCUGCCGGCCGACUAUCCGAUGGCCCCUCCCAAGGUGCGCUUCCUGACGCGCAUCUACCACCCCAACAUCGACAAGCUUGGUCGCAUCUGCCUCGACAUCCUCAAGGACAAGUGGUCCCCCGCCCUGCAGAUCCGCACUGUGCUGCUGAGCAUUCAGGCGCUGCUGUCAGCUCCCAACCCGGACGAUCCGCUGGCCAACGACGUCGCAGACCACUGGAAGACAGAUGAGGUUGGAGCGGUGCAGAUGGCUGCGGAGUGGACGCGUCGCUAUGCUUGA